AUGCUCCUAGUGGAAACUUUCACUGAGGAAAAGAAUAUUUUCUGGUGUAAGAAGUAUUCGGAUGCAUCAAAAACCCAGCCUCUUCCUGAGAAAACAGCUAGUAAAGAAGAACGAGAGGAUUUUGCGGUGCGAAAUAUGCUGCUUGUCACGGUCUUUGAGGCAGCUGAAACUCGCCUAGAGUUUUUGAAUCGUAUUGAGGAACUUUCGAAGAAACACCAAAUUGAAUCAGUUUUCUCUCUAGAAGUGGAACGUCCACUACCUCAACCAACUGUAGAGGACGGACGAGAUGCUUUCUCUUUUGAAAGUUUCACUAGAAGGCUAGAAAAGCUGGGCGUUCAGGGCGUGGCGCAGGAAGGUGAUUCACAAGGAACAGUUCCUUGGUUAGUAGCUCAGGAUCUGAGCAAUGCAGUGGCAAUAAAGGCUCACUAUGACGCCUCGAAUAUGGCGGUUGUUGAUUUGUAUGAGGAUUUUCUCACAUUUAUUGAGCAAACAAAAGUAGGAAAAACGGAAGCGGAAAGAAAACGCAUCGAAAACGUCAUCCUACCAGAAUCAGAUGUUUCUGUUCCUCUCUCUGUAUUGGCUGAUGUCGUGAGGAGUGUGAAAACAACAUAUGAAAUGGAGCAUUUUCCCGCUCCUCAAAUUCUCUCUUGGAGAGAUCAAUGGAAUGUUCCGAAGCUAAGCAGUCUGACGAAUGAUAUUAGACUUUCGCAAAAGACAAUGUUUGACGUCGCGUUGGAUUCAAAGCAUUCUGCUCUUGAAAACUGGGGACACCUGGAAGAUAUAGACAGCCUAGCGACAAAUAUACUCCCGUCUGCAGUCUUCCUGUUGUAA